AUGUACCGAGUUACCAACGUCUACGGCAUUUGUGCGUUCGCCGCCAUUGGUAAGUCAAGACCGACCAUUCUACCCUCCUUGUGUAGUGCGACUUGACUUAAUGAAAGCUGACCCCUUCAGGUGGUGGUCUUUUUGGCUUCGAUAUCUCCAGUAUGUCUGGUGUAUUGGGCACUCAAGCCUACAAGCAAUACUUUGGCAAUCCAACUUCCUAUCGUCAAGGUGGGAUUACCUGCGCUAUGCCAUUUGGCUCACUCGUCGGUGCUCUGAGUUCUUCUUUCAUCGCUGAUAGAUACUCUCGACGAGCAAGCAUUCAAAUCGCAUCUCUCUUUUGGAUUCUUGGUUCUAUGUAAGUUCCGCCUUCACUCCUGCUACAUUUGAUCAGACAUUGACACGUGAGUAGUAUUCAAUGCGCCUCGGUCAAUAUGGGAAUGUUGGUUGUAGGCCGUGUUAUUGCUGGUCUCUGCGUUGGUAUUGCCUCUGCUAUCUGCCCUGUGAGUUUCUCCUUACGAUUUACAACUAAAUAAAUUACUUAUGAUGAGAAAGGUUUAUCAAGCCGAAAUUGCACCAAAGGAAAUCCGUGGUCGCGUCGUCUCAUUGCAACAGUGGGCCAUCACUUGGGGUAUCUUGAUUCAGUACUUCAUCCAAUAUGGUGCAAGCUGGGUUGGCGGUGGCCCUGACGAUGUCAAUCAACCAACAUCGGCCUUUAGAAUCCCCUGGGGUGUCCAAAUGGUUCCUGCUGUCCUCUUGUUCUUUGGCAUGUUCUUCCUCCCAAGAACCCCACGUUGGCUCGCUUCCAAGGACCGCUGGGAGGAGGCGAUUCAGGUGAUGGCUGCACUUCAUGGUGGAGGAGAUGUCAACCACCCCAAGGUUUUGGCUGAAUACAAGGAAAUCGAGGAGGCUUUACGCUUUGAGCGCGAGGAGGCUAUCUCCAGCUACAAGCAACUUAUGGCUCCACGCAUGUUAAAGCGUGUUCUCUUGGGAAUGUCCAUUCAGAUGUGGUCUCAAUUAUGUGGAAUGGUGAGUAAUAUCCCCUCUUUUACGCCGAUAUUUGAAGUCACCGGAUCUCAUUUCCCCGCAAUUUCCCAAGGCAUUAAAUUUACUGUUCGGGUUGAAUCGCAGCGAAUGGCAAAGCUAAUUUCUUCUUAGAACGUGAUGAUGUACUACGUUGUCUAUAUCAUGGAAGGCGCAAACAUCGCUUCUCCUCUCUUGACCGCCUCCAUUCAGUAUAUCCUCAAUGUACUACUUACCCUUCCCGCCAUUCUAUAUCUCGAUAAGUUUGGCCGUCGACCUUCCAUGCUCAUUGGUUCUUUCCUCAUGAUGGCCUAUCUCUUUGUCGUCGGUGCUCUCCAGGCAUCUUUUGGCCAAGCCAACACACCUGAACUCCAGGAUAAGAACAACAAGGAUAUCUCUUGGAUUAUCCACGAUCGUAAGGAUGUUUCCAAAGCAAUCGUUGCUAUGACUUAUCUUUUCGUCUGUACUUUUGCCACCACCUGGGGACCAACCUCGUGGACCUAUCCUUCGGAGAUCUUCCCAACCAAGAUCCGAGCAAAGGCAGUUUCCCUCUCAACUGCUUCUAACUGGUAAGUGUCUUCUCCCAGUGUCACAUUUUCUGCCACCCCUGGUACAUAAGCUAAUACAAUUCAGGUUCUGGAACUGUAUUCUUGCCUUUGCUGUCCCACCUCUUCUGUGGAACAUCAACUGGAAGAUGUACAUGAUUUUUGCAACUUUCAAUGGUGCUGCCUUCAUCCACAUGUUCCUGACCGCUCCUGAGACCAAAGGAAAGACCCUCGAGGAGAUGGACGAUGUAUUUGACUCUGGCAUCCCAGCAUGGAAGGGUGUUACCAAAGAAUCCCGUCUCGAUCGGUAUCAACGAGAGAUUGAAGCCGGUGAGCUCAAGGUCGAUGUUGCCGAGGCUCUCGGUCAUGGCCAUGUUACUCAUCAUGAAGCCCCUCUUGCCACUUCCGAGAAGGCUGCGGAUGAAGGAGUUGUUCACCAUGAUGUCCCAGCACGUGAACCUAAUGAAUAAUUGUUCUCUUCGAAGAUGCAUACAAUCGCGUUGGCGUUCUUCUCUUAAAUCUUCACCUCUUCGGAACAUGUUGGCCCUUCUCUCAUUAUUUUAUUGGUCGACAUGACAACUGUUUUUCAUCAAUCCAUAUGUAACGAUCAAUGACCCUCUUGUUUUUCAGUUGGCCUGGGGAAGGAAGAUGAGAUGCUUGGAGCGGAUCGACAGAACAGCGGUUUGGUUUGUUUUUUUGAUACCAAUUUGCUUUUUACUUUUCCUUUCAUUCUUUACUAUUCACGUUGACGAUAUGGUAAUUGGGUCACUGAGCCUGGGCGACCUUUAGGCCAGUGGGCUUGACUUGCAUCAGAACUUGAACGAUAGUGGGGUUUACUUCAAUAACACUUUAUCGCCAAUGCUAAGGGUUUCUUGAUGUAGGGGCUGUGGUUAAUGAUUGUGAUGGACGGGACUUACUACAUAGUAAUGCAUG